AUUUCGUGCGACUCAUGUUACAAUCACGUUACAUGGUGAGUUCUAAUCACAGAUGUGAUACUAUAUUGGGUAAAAAUGGUAAUUCCAGUAUUUAUAACACUUUUUUUUAACACUUUCUACUGUCAAAAUAAUGUUUAAUCUUAUCGUUUAGCAUAAUGUACAUAUUUUCUUGAAAUUUAUAACUAGCGUAAGCUUAAAUUGAUUCGCAUUUGUACAUUUUCUACUCCUAAAUGAUAUGUAUCAACUCAUAUAAUAAAAAUCACUCAAAACCCUAAAAUAACUCUCUGUAAUACCAAAAAAAAAAUCCAAAAGAAGUAAUUUACGAAGAAAUUAAAAUAAAAAGAUCCAAAAAGAAGUUCGUUAUAGGAUAAUAACAAAAAAAUAUUUAACGCCUCGUGCUUCCCUCGUGGGAAUUAUUUAUGUUAUAUAUAUAAGAUAAAGAUGAAUCGAGAGGACCAAAAGAAACAAUUUUUUUUUUGUUGCAAAAGCUGAAUUCUCCUUUCAUAUCUUUGGAAAUUACAUUGGUGUUGUGUCUAUAUGGACCGACCAGCUGACGGAAGCAAGUUUGGGGAGAGAGGCGAAAUUGUAGAUGCAGAUUUCUUGGUGGGUCUUCUCGAGACCUUCAGAUUUGGCAAAUACAAUCUUCCCGCCAUAAAAAAUGUGUUAAAUGCGCCGGCAAAGGUUACAUCGGCGACGGAGCAGCAGCAGGACAAGACCAUCGAGAAUCAGGACGAAGAGGGAUCUCAAGGUCUCGUAGGGAACACGUCUGUUCACGAAAGCAUAGGAUCGGUGUCUUCCAGUUCAGAUCCAAUAAUACUGGAUACUAUGAGCGAAACCGGUUCACAUAAUGAACCUGUUUCAAACGAAGAAUCCGGUUCAAAUAAUGAACCCGUUCUAAAUGAAGAAUCCGGUUAUAAUUGGUUAGAGUCGAACCCCACAAACUUGCCUAAUGUAGAGAAUGAAAGGCACCAUAACGCAGAAGAAGGUGAGAUAGUAGUAGAAGAAGAAAUAUACAAAGAAGACGAAGAAGACAAAGAAGACGAAGAAGAAGAAGAAGACGAAAAUAAAAACAGCGAGAGAACAUCAUCUGAGUCAGAGGAAAAAUCAAACCUAGAGACAUUGCUUGCGAUACAAGAAAAGUACGAGCUUUAUUGUCCAAGCUGUAGCUCUUGUAUCACCAGAAAAGUGAUUCUUAGGAAAAAGGAACAUGUGAAGCUCGUUGAUUUGUAUGCGGAUCUGAAACCUUAUGAAUCAACCGACAUUGAGGAGAUUGAACCACCGGUUAAGCUGCAUGUCCCGGAGACUCUUAUUGAGAAUGGUGAUCAAGAAGACAAAAAGGAGGGUUAUAUCUUCACUUGCUUAGCCUGUCUAAAGUACUACAUCCGAAAAGGAGCCAGGUUCUUACAAAGAGAUUAUGCCAGGGGAUUACCUGUUGAGGAGUCAGUUGAAGUACAUUUAGAGCCUAGGAAGAGUAGUAACACCACUGAAACACCGCCUCAAAAUAAACUCGACCGUGAAAGAUUCACCGUUGAGCUACUGAAGAGCACCGUGUACGGUGGUCUAACCGAGACCAUCACCAGCCUCGUCGUUGUAUCUUCUGCCUCUGCCUCCGGAUCCUCCACCGAGAAUAUUUUGGCUCUUGCAGUCGCAAAUUUGGCCGGUGGUCUCAUCGUCCUUGCUCAAAACCUUCGUGAUCUAAGAAACAAUUCAGAUCAAGAGAAUGAUCGGUACAAUGAGCUGUUAGGGAGACGUGACAAUAUCCGGUUGCAUGUACUAGUAGCGGUCCUGUCUUACAUUUUCUUCGGCCUAAUUGCUCCAUUGGUUUACGCAUUUUCCUUCUACCAAACCGGAAUCAAGAACUACAAGCUCGUCUCGGUUUUCUCGGUUUCUCUGGUUUGCGCAAUCAUGCUCGGUAUGAUCAAGGUCUACGUCCGGAAACCGGUUAACGUACGUGAAUCUCCCAAGCCUUAUCUCAAAUCUGCUGCUUAUUAUACGUCUAUUGUUGUUGUCUCUUCUGGAGUGUCGCACAUUGUUGGAGAAAUUGUGGGAGAGUAUAUCCGAAAGCUCGGUUUGUUUAGUUUAUACCAGACCGGUUUGACUUCAACAUUUGACGGAAUUAAACCAGAGAAAUACCGGUUUACUUCCUUCUAACGUAGCCAAAGGAGUAAGGGAGAGAGCUAUAUGCAAAGGAGUAAGAAUUAAACCAGCGUUGUAUAUUUGUGUUCAACUAAAUAUACUUUUUUCUUUCUUUCUUUUGGUAUAUGCAAAGUGGACUUUUGUAAAAGGUCUUUCGUCUUUGAGGUUUUUAUUUGAUAAUGGAGUAUCUUUUUGAGUUUA